AUGGCCCUGUUCGCUGUGGAGAGGGCGCAGGGCAAUGCCUGGCGCAAAAGCGGUUGCGAGCUCUCGUGCACCAAUGCAGGCCUCGAGCCGAGAUCUCCGGAGGCUCCGUUGGAGAACACGAAAGGCGAUGCGCAGUGCAGCAGCAUCGAUUUAAUUCUAAGUAAAGACGCCUCUCGACAGCUUCACAAGACAUAUAACAGCUUCGGCGAAUCUAACAACUCGUCAUGGGUUUCCUCCCGUCGCCAGAGAACCGCUCCUCUGCCACCCGCCCACCGAAGGUCAGAACGCAUGUCACUGACGAGGACAACCUUGGGGCGCGACGCCUUGAGGUCCGCGGAUGGAAUCAUGUUUCUCCCGACAACCUCUGUACAAAAUCCUCGAUACGACUCGGAGGAAAAGAUCUAUCCUUCACAUCGAUUAAUAGAAGCAGGCUCAGCAAAUGCGAUCGACAGCAAAGAGCUGUCGCGGUCUGCUCCGGAGUGGACAACACACAUACAUCCUGAAGGCGCGCUAUACUAUUAUCACCGGCGACUCCGCAUUGUCACAGAAAACCACAUUCAGGAACCUACCAUCCUUGAAAUGUUUAUGAAAUGUGUCUUCGCCUUCAUGGCUUUGGCAGUUGAGAAGAAAAUGCCGAUCACGGAACAAUCAGAGCUUUUUCUUCAAAUGGAACAAAGUGCAGAUACUUGCAAAUAUUACUUGGUUGACCACAAAUAUCAACGGGAGUACUGGCUGCAAAAGAUAGAUUCGGAAACGUUGGACUUUCCUGCGGUCUCAUCGGAUGAACACCUCAAUCAUUUACUUCAGGAACAUUACUGGACGCAUGUGCAAUAUUUUCCUCAUCAUACCCCGCCGGCAGAAUCAGUUUGCGAAUUAAUCAAUGUGCUGACAUAUGGACGUGGAGAUCAACUCACUUCCGAUGACUCGACAUUCCCAUAUGAUUCAGAGCAAUGUGCGAAAUUCCUUGAGCUCACGAAAAGCUGCGCUCGCAUGUGGUCAACGAUCGCGCGCCACCGGUUCGACACAUUCUACGGAGAAGCGCACGCACGCAUUUCUCGUUCCCAGAGAAGACUAGACUUCCCUCAAGUGGAAAAGACAUUGUUAAUGCGUUUCUUGACAAUGAUGCUCCUCGGUACUCCAGAUAUCAUCCUGAGAGAUUUCAGCAAGUUGUGGGUGGACCAUAUGGUGUAUUCCAUCCAUUGGCGUCGAUUUGCCCAAAGGAGAUUAAGAGAAUGGCAGCAAACAUCUUUGAUGUCCACUGGCGCAUUGAUCUCAAACUCCGUGUUUUUUCAUUUCAGCUCCCAGUUUCCAUCCCGCGCUGUCAGCCUUGGAGCAAGUGUGGUGUCUGCUUCGGGACUCGUAGCCAGUGUACUCCUUACACAAAGAUAUCAACACAGUGCAGAUAUGCCUGCAACAGAGGCGUACAACUACCUUUACCGCAUCGACGACCCUGACGUUGGCUUCCAAGUGACCGCUAUGCUUUGGAGCAUACCUCAAGCAUCCCUAAGAUGGGCUAUGAUACUCCUUGUGGUGCAGCUGCUGGUAAUUGCCUCGGAGUUGUCACCACUGGUGGUCUUGAUUGUAAUUGUUGUGGCGAUCGGGUGCGCAUUGCUUGCAAUGUACUGGGGUGGUGGCAUCAGGAUGGUGCGUCGGGCAAAACGGUAUGUUGCAAUGACCGCCCCCCGGCCCGCUUCAGUCCGGGAGAAAGAGAACAAGACAGAAGUUAGGUCGUCGCGAUGCUCUAGUUGGUUUAGAAGGGGCGGAACAGGAGCGCAGGUUGAUACACUUCCUAUAUGA